AUGCAGAAAUCGCAAAAUUUCGAAAAUGAGACCGUCCUAGUCGAAGAGGUUGUCCGAGAUUUUGAUAAAAAUGAAGUUUUCGAGGAAAUAACUGCCAAGUUUACCUGGGAGCAAGAUGUUGAGCGAUCAUGGAACCUCCUGGUGGAAAACAACGGCGUUCUACAGCACGUCAGCCAAGAGAACUUUGAAGAAAAAUCUAAACAAAAAUAUAAAAAGAAUCAAGUAUGCGCUUUGAGGAAAGGAAUAUUCAGACAUAUCAUAAUCCUGUUCGACAUGUCCAGUAGCAUGAAGGAGAGGGACUUCAAACCUGACCGGAUAAACGUCGUCCUCGAGUGUGUGGAGAACUUCCUAACGAAUUUCUUCUUCAAGAAUCCAGUGGGGCAUGUGGGAGUGGUGGCCCUGAAAAACAGUUCCGCCAAAUUAAUCCAGCCCUUGACGUCCAACAUGGAGGAUAUUAUGAACGCACUGGUAAAGGAGAGGAGUAUGGGUUUGCAAGGAUCCCCGUCCCUAGAGCAGGGACUAGAAAUUGCACACGACUUGUUGGUAGACAUUCCACUCUACGGAACGAAGGAAAUCCUAAUAAUGUAUGGGUCGAUAAGAACAUGUGAUAAAAAAAAUAUUUUAAAUAUACUAAACCUAAUAGUAAAAAAUAACAUGCAUGUAAACUGCGUAUCGAUUUCUCCAGAAAUGCAUAUACUUAAACAUAUCUGUGAAGAGACAAAUGGGGUUUACAAAAUAUGCAUGACAAAAAACGCACUCAUGAACGAAAUGAAUAAUGUUACGGAGACCCCUCUGUGGAUGAUUGGAAUGGAACCUCAACUUAUUCACAUAUGCUUUCCUAUAAAGAAAAAAAUUAGCACGCAAAUCAUGUGUUCCUGCCACAACCAUUUAAACACCGAUACAUAUAUUUGCAACUUCUGUAACAGCUACACUUGUAAGAUACCAUCCAAGUGUAAGGUCUGUGGGAUGCAUCUAAUUUCGAUGCACGACUUGUCUCACAUUACGAACAACCUUCAGGGUUCUCCACUUUUUAUUGAAAUUAAGAAUGAGAAAAAUGGGCCCAGCGCAUGUGUUUCAUGUAAUAAGCCGCUCUACGAUAAGGUGUCUCAAUGCUCUAAGUGCAAAAAUAUUUUCUGCCUGGGUUGCGACUUGUACAUUCACGAAGACCUGAAUCAGUGUCCUUUCUGCUUGAUCCUCGAUACAUGA